AUGCAUAGUUCAGCGUUUGAGCAACCAGUUGACGUCCCUAAAAGAAGGAAGUAUUCUAAUGUCCCGAGGUCUCUUGAUGAGAUAAAUAGAAAAACCGAAAUCAGCUUUCAACAACCGUUUUCUGCACCCAUUCUUCAUUCAGUUCCCCCAUCCAUAUUACCUAUUAUUUAUCCUCCUUUACAGACGCAAGAUUUUUUUACCGAUGUGACUAGUGAUGUGACGGAUCCCAAUAUCUCGAGGCAGAUUAAGGGAAUUUUACAAAACUUCCCACCUCCAAUUCCACCGUAUUUGUCUAAGGAAAUGGCCCCACCACAGGGAGGUAUGAUGAUACCAUUCAUUUAUCCACCUCCACCGAUUAUUACGAAUGAAACACCCGUAGUUGAACCCAUAAAAGCUGAUGCGGGAAUGCCAAUAUCUCCUACGACUAACGAAAAGUACGUAGAAUUGCCUCCAUUGCCAUUUCCGCCUCCAAAUUACAUGCCAUAUCCAUUGAUAUCAGAUCAAUCUUCGCUUACACCAAACGAGGUAUUUGCGUCAUUUUUGGAGGCGCUGCAAAAGUUACCAAGAAUCGAUAUGGUUUUGGCCAGUGCAGCUGGUUCACUCUUUGAUUUAAGAAUUCAGGCAGACGAAGAAGGCUUUACGUAUGAGCAAUAUGAAAUCAUGAAAAGCAAAAGGGUCGAAGCUUUAAAAAAUAAAAAGAAGUUGGGAAUUUCAACUAAAGAAUCCGAAUCUGAAGACGAAGAGUUUGACUCUGACGAUCUCGAAGAUUAUAUGGAAUAUGCUUCGAAUGUUGAUGUAACAGACGCGUUUGAUAAUUAUGCUAAACUGGUUAAUUAUACCGAAACCUUUGAACAGGAUAACAGCUAUCCGCCAGAAUAUUUGAAGAUAACUCCAAAUGUCAGCGACAUUAAAGGUAAACGAAACAAGCAUGUCAAAUCUGAAAAAAUGAAUGACGAAUAUGUUUUAGAUCCAUUAACUCGAUUUAAGGAGAUGCAGCCAUUAAACUCUAAUAAAAUUAUGUCACAUUCUAAUAAAGAUAUUAGUUCUGCAAAUGGUAUUAAUAAAGAAAAAAGAAGGAAAGAAUUGGAAAUGUCGGUUGACGAAUUGUCAGAAUUUGAAUCUAAUCAUAAGCAUGAUAUAUAUAUUACAAAAAAGAAAAAGUUGUUGGAGAGAUUGCAAAAUUUAAAAGACUCCAAAAUUCAAUUCUUGGGUUCUGACGAUCAAUUGAAGGAUGAAGAAUUAUUGAACUAUAAGAAGCUCUUAGAGGAGCGUAGGGACGAAGAAUUGGUAAGAUUGAAAAUUAAUUUUAACUAUCAGUAUUUAAAAAAUUUAUUGAUAUUUUAUCAAGAGUCAAACAAGGUCUACAAAAACGUAAAUGCUUUGGUUUUAAAUAAAUUGAUGAAAUUGAAAAAUUUCUUCGAAUUCCAGAAGAAUAUAUUUGAGGAUGCAAUAAAAAAUGGAGACUCGAAGGAUGGUUUAUUUGAUGUCAAAAGUAAAGAAUCUACAAAAUUGUUUAAUGGAGUAUCAGAGAGGGAUUUUAACACUGAAAUCAAACAAAUCAUGAAUUCAACCAAAAGAGAAAAUGAGAAAACAAGACAAUCUGGAAAUAAUGCUCCAGUUGUUCAUGACUAUAUGCCUUUAAUCUCUGCGAAUGAAUUUAAUAUAAUCACAGGAGACUUACCAAGUAAGAGCAAGCAAUCCAAGGAUUCUUCAAAAUCAGCAACCUCAAAAGCAUUCGAUAACAUUAAACAUCAUAUAUUCCAAAGUUCUUUGUACGAUCCAAUUACUUCUGGUUCGGAUACUAAUAAUGCAUCAGAAAGUACUACAGGUACACCGUCGAAAAGAAGAGGUAGAAGAAGUGGUAACAACCCAGGCGAUAAACUAAUCGAUGAUAGUGAUAAAUCAAGUUCAAAGUACACAGAAUCCUUGCUAUUAGCCAAAAUAAUGAAGCAUUUUACAGGGCCUCAGGGUGCUAAUCCGGAUGAACUCACUGGUGAUUUGGAAAUAAUGGGUGUUAAAACAAGGUGGCCAAUUCAGUACACCAAAUAG